AAAUCUAUAUAUAUAUUCAGUGGUGGAGAACAUAACACAACCAACUCUGAACACAUUUCUGACACGAUUCCUGAGAUGGCACAAGUGAGGAACAAGCAAGUGAUUCUGAGAGACUAUGUGUCUGGUUUUCCUAAAGAAUCAGACAUGAAAAUUGUUGACAGUAUCAUAACUCUAAAGCUUCCACAAGGUUCUAACGAGUUGCUUCUAAAAAAUCUAUACUUAUCUUGUGAUCCUUACAUGCGGAUCCUCAUGACCAAGGACACUUCUGCAGGACUUGGUGCUCACACCCCUGGUUUUCCAUUGACAGGUUGUGGUGUAUCUAAAGUCUUGGAAUCUGGACACCAAGAUUAUAAGAAAGGUGAUUUAGUUUGGGGUAUUACUAAAUGGGAAGAGUAUAGCUUGGUUCCUGCAACUGGAAUGUUCAAAAUUGAGCACACUGAUGUUCCACUUUCUUACUAUACUGGAAUUCUCGGUAUGCCAGGAAUGACUGCUUACGCUGGUUUCUUUGAAGUAGGCUCUCCAAAGAAAGGAGAUAAUGUUUUUGUUUCAGCUGCAUCUGGUGCAGUUGGUCAACUCGUCGGACAAUUCGCCAAAUUGACCGGUUGUUAUGUUGUUGGAAGUGCUGGAAGUAAAGAGAAGGUGGAUCUGUUGAAGAAUAAAUUUGGAUAUGAUGAAGCAUUUAACUACAAAGAAGAGCUUGACCUCAAUGCAACAUUGAAAAGACACUUUCCAGAAGGAAUUGACAUUUACUUUGAGAAUGUUGGAAGCAAGACACUUGAUGCUGUACUCCUGAAUAUGCGACUUCAUGGUCGCAUACCGGUUUGUGGAAUGAUCUCACAGUAUAAUCUUACUCAACCUGAAGGUGUAACAAAUUUGGCACAUCUCAUAUUUAAGCGGAUUCGGAUGGAAGGUUUUGUUGUAUCUGAUUACUAUCAUCUUUAUACAAAAUUCUUGGAGUUUAUCCUGCCUCUUAUAAAAGAAGGAAAGGUUGUGUAUGUGGAAGACAUAGCUGAGGGUCUUGAGAAUGGUCCUGCAGCACUGGUUGGGUUGUAUAGUGGUCACAAUGUUGGUAAAAAAGUGGUUGUUGUUGCUCAUGAGUGAAUGCAUCUUCUUUUGUUAAAUGUUUGUGUCAUUUUCAAGUUUGUGUUGAGUUACUUGUAUAUCAAGCACUCUUCAUUUUUUGUUUAUUGUAAUUUACUGUCAUUUUAUUUUAUGAUAAAUAAACACUUAUUUUUGGCAUUCAA